UGAAAGACGCCCCCGUCUUGCCAGCCGCGCAGCCAGCCAUCGGUGAUACCCCUGAUCCCCAAGUGUACUCCACUCAGCAUCGCCCAUCGCUCUCUCAGAUGGGAGCAUGAUGCCAUCGCAGCAACCGCAUUUGCAGUUGCAGUCACAGCCCCAGGCCGAACCUUUAUGCCAAGCAGAUGUGCCCGACGCACAACAGAAGCAGCAAACGGAGCGCACACUGGACCUCGCCAACCCUGCUCGAAUAGCGACUCUACACACACUUCUCGCGACCUCUGGGCAGCGGCAUACGUGGACCUUCCCCGCCAACAUCACAGUGAAGGCAGUAAAGGAAAUCAUCUUUAACGAGUGGCGACAAGAAUGGCCGGAACGACCGCCGCACGCAGCCUCUCUGCGCCUACUCCAUCUCGGUCAUUUCCUUGAUGACCGAGUUGCCUUAGAUGACGUCCCCAACGUCGCGACCACACUUUCGUCAUCCCCAUCGACACAAGUCGCCGCCACGGUCGUCCAUCUCGUGAUCCGGCCGAACUGGUCCAAUGCGACGGAUGGUGCUGAUGACGAGUCGCUGUUGAAGAGCAGCGCAGCAGGAUCAUCGGGCGUCGGCGGAUGCCGAUGCAUCAUCUGCUAGCCGCCGCCCCAUCACACACCCUUGCUAUCUUAUUAAAUCUCCAAAUGGUUACGGUCUGUCAAACAUCGAUACUCUAGGGAUUUGGCUUGACGUUCGCAAAUUGUAACGGGCAGAACGGCUUUUUGGGCGGCGCUUCUCCUACUCUCAUCAUCAUCAUCAUCAUCAGCAGCAGCGCAGCAGC